AUGGCUACUUCUGAGGAGGUUAAUGACCAGAAGCAUCCACAAGAAGGCGCUGUUUUCCCCACUGCUGUUUCUGAAGAGGAGCUGGACGAAGCCAAGAGGAAAACCACCAUGAAGCAGCCGUUUGGUCGGAGUCAGAAGUGUUUCUCAGCUGAACAGCAGCAGAGCAGAGUCAUCCUCCAGAACACGGCAGCAGAGCAUUUCAUUAAAGGAAUAGAGGCGUUUGACAAACUAGAGUAUGAGAGAGCAGUGAUCUGGUUCAACAAGGCCAUCAACCUGCAGCCACAGCAGCCUCACAUGUUUGUGAGUCGAGGUGAUGCCUUCCUUCAUGUGUGUGAUUUCCAGUCGGCUGCAGACUCUUAUACUGGUGCUGCUGGUUUGUGUCCUGGUGUUUCCAGUGACCGUUUGGCCUUCGUUUACUUCCUUCAGGGCCAGUGUUUGUUGGACCGGGGUCUUUUCCUGGAGGCUCUGGACUGUUUCAGUAAAGCUGCUGAACUGAAGCCUGGAUGCAGAGUCCACCAAGUCCGACGCCUGGCGUGUCUGUCGGCGGCGGGGCGUCAAACAGACUGUUUAAAGCUGGUCAAUGAUUGGAUGGCGUCGGACGGCCCCUCCUCCGACCUGUACGUCCUCAGAGCCCGACUCCACAAACGUCUGAACCAGACGUCCAGGUGUUACGAGGACGUGAAGGCGGCGUUGGCGUUGAAGCCGUGGUGUCCGGAGGCCGGCGCUCUUCUGCUGACGCUGCAGGACGCCGCCCACAGAGCCCGCCGCGCCGCCGUGGACCGCGCCGCGACGGGCCGGAUGUCCGAGGCCCUGGUUCUGAUCAACGUGGCCCUGGAGAACUGCCCACAGGAGCCCCGCCUCCACCUGUUCAGAGGGACUCUGUGUCGCAGAAUGAAGGACUUCGGCGCCGCCAUCGCAGACCUGGUUCACACCGUGGAGCUGAGCGAGGAUGAGGAGGGGGUCGGAGGUCAGGGUGGGAAACAGGAGGAGGAGGAGGAGGCCAAGUUCCAGCUGGUGCUCACCUACAAUGACCUGGCCGUGCAGUGCUUCUGCAGAGGCCUGUACGAGGAGGCCACGCUGCUGCUCAACAAGGCCAUCGAGGACCAGAAGAACCAGGCAGGACUGUACCUGAACAGAGGAGACUGUUUCUAUAAACAGGAACAGUGGUGUUACGCUCUGGCUGACUACCAACAGGCGGAGGAGCUGAUUGGACCAGACCGCCCCUCGGUCCGCCUCCGCCUCGCCGUCCUCCACAACACACUGGGCUCCUUAUGUUUCCAGGACGGACGCUUCCAGGACGCUGCCUUCAGGUUCACGGUGGCGAUCGGGUACAACCCCACGGUCGGUCGUUACUACAAGAACAGAGCCAAGGCCUUCCGCAAGAUCCUGAAGGUGGACCAGGCCAGGAAGGACUUCAUCUGCACCCUGGUCCUGGAUCCGGACAACCAGGAGCUGCCGUCCAUGCUGACCAGUCUGUUCCCUGGACGCAGUAUGUCCGAUGUUCUGUCCAGUCCAGCAGGACGAGCCGUCCGAUCCCAGCUGAUGGACGCUGUCCGGGCCUAUGAGGUCAGCAGUCAGCGGAAAGGUUCUGACCUCGAAGUAGAAGCGUAGCAUCAGAGCGAGGGCGCCGAAGCAGCAGCCGGGGCCCACCUGCUGGGUGUAGACCGCCUUGUCCGGGUACACCGCCCUCAGCUGCUUCAUCUUCUGCAGCUGAAACACACCACAGCCAAAGGGGGAUUUACU